AUGCUGUGUGCGAUGUUUUCCGGAAGGCAUGAGCUAAAACCAGACGGCGACGAUGGGGCGUAUUUUAUUGACCGCGAUGGUAAACUCUUCCGGUAAGUGUGAUACAAGCCAUAAUGAUGCAUGCAGUGGAAUCUUCACUCUCGCUCAGGCUUACAAGGGAAAUGAUAAAUAAAUAUGCAUUCAUCAUGGUCAGAACAGAAUAUCAGUGAGGGCUAUUUUAGAUAGUUAACUGCUUAGCCUUAAAUACUUUCAUAAUUAUAAUAUUUUGGCCUAACGCAAGUCCUUAUCUGGGGAAUCUUUUAUAGGGUGAUUAAAAUAGAAUGAGAGCAUAGAAAGAAUCAUAAAUAAAAACAUAUAUUUCAUGAUAUUUACCCCAUUUUGAAAUAUUAAAUGCUUGACGGUAAAACGAAGGAGACUCGAACGUACUCACCAGUCUAUGAUUACUAGAAGUCAGUAAAAAUAUGCGUCAUGCAUAAUCGGGCCUUACCAACUGACUGUCAUGUCUUAGCCUGUUCCAAGCGUUCAGAUAGUGGAGAGCGGUGCGAAGUAAAGAAAGCGAUGAAAAGUAGAGGGGGACUGGGGAGAGAGGUGCGGAAACGCUUGAAAGACUUUUUAACAAAAGCGCGUUCCGGUAUACCAGAUCCUGGUAUACCCUCUGAUCGGUUGAUUUUGACAGUUUUUGUCAACAGUGGAGCGUCUUCGAUCACAGCGAAAAAUGCGAUAUGGCGGUGACGACAGACUCUACGUUCCGUCCAGAAUUCGAACUCGAAACAAACACAGCGCUGAGUGACUUUCCAAACGCGAAGAGCAAAGGAACUGUUUAAAACUCGUAGUCGGCAGGAUAGAUAUCUUCGCAAUUUCACCAACUGGCUUUGGAAAAAGACUUAUUUUCCAGCUUUUUCCUCGAAUAAAGCGUGCGUUGGAAUGAAGGUGGGAUAGAAUGCCAUUUACGAUUGUUGUGGUAACUCCGUUGAUUGCCAUCAUGAAAGACCAAGUAAAAACAUUUGAACAAAAUCGGAGUAGCGGCGGCAAUAAUGGGAGAAGAUGUGGAUGAAGCCGUUAAAAGUGGAAGCUGUGAAACUGUAUGAUCCUUAAAAACUCACUCAAAGGCGUACUGCAGUCACAAAUCGUGGUUGUCUAAGGAAUGGACAAAAGGACUUCAAAAGGAAAGCUUGGAAAGCAAGUUGCAGCUAUCGCUAUUGACGAGGUCCAUUCAAUCACCGAAUAGUAAAUUUUUUCUUCGUUUGUUGGGCAUUUUCAUUGCUCGAGUUAACGAUCUGUAUUGAAACAGCUUUCUAUCGAAAUGAGCGAUAUUUGUUUGUCACUUGACUCGUUGCCCAGACAAGAAAACUCGUAGGGAAGACCUUCUUGACGAGGCAAACUUUUAUCAAAUUCAAGGGAUAAUCACUCAACUGAAAGGCAACCUAACCAUCUUAUCCAGUCUAAUAAAGGAAGAAAGUCAAGCUUCCACUAUUAUGUCAUGGCUGCCGCCUGGGGCUUCUUGUACCUUGCUGUUCCGAGCCACCACAGACGGAAAAAAUGCUGCAGGCUUUCACCGGUACUCCGAUAACAAAGGACCCACUCUUGUAGUGACACAAAGUGGAAGUUCCAUAUUCGGAGGCUAUACCUCAAAGUCAUGGUCCUCACGUAAGUAAUAGUUUUACAAUUAAAUUUAUUAUUUAUAGUCUAGGGAAUACGUGGUUUAGUUGCCAAUACGCCAGUUGCUGUCAACAAAAGUCCCAUUAUUUAUUUAUUUAUUUAUUUAUUUAUUUACUUAUUUAUUGUUUAUUUAUCUAUCCAUUUUAAGCUUCUUCUCAAACUUUCAUUGGUGACACUGGGUCUUUCUUAUUCACACUGGUGAAUCCUACCGGAAACCAAGCGGCAAAGCUCGAUUCAAACCCAGAUGGUGGUAUACGAUGUUCCAGUGAUAAA